AUGGAUUCUGAGCCUAAACAAGCCAUCCAACAUGCGGCAGGAAGAUACAAAAGCAACCAACAACGCAAAUGCACCCGCACUCGAAGAGACAUCAUGAACGCAACCGGAACCCCAGAUAAAUACCGAUUGUUGACAUACACUGCUAUGUCCGAGAAAGUCAUUCUCGUUGAGCAGAAGUGUGAAUCCCUUCAAGAUAGGAUCAUCGCCUUGGAAAGGAAUGCUCAACAAGACCGUGAUGCCGCCCUUCACGGUGAUGAGAUACAUAGUAAUGACUCGGAUUCUGAGAGUAGCUUCGAAAUCGUCAACCCCGAAAUCGAUCUAUAUGGUCGGACAUAUGGUGCCGUUAGUUCUGACGAAGAGACCUGCUCCGAUGAAGAGACCUGCUCCGAUGAAGAGACCUGCUCCGAUGAACAUAGCUCCUCACUGUCGUCCAUGGAAGAUUCACUCAAGAGCGAAUCUCAGAGUGACGAAGAAGCCAUUGAUUCCAUCAAACCCAACCCAUCAGAGACCUUCGAAGGAAGACUUUCCGAGAUCGACAUUAGAAUGGCUAGAAUCGGGAGAAAUGUGGCCAGGCUCUUGAGUGAUGCCGAAGAUUCGAUGGAAGAAAGAAAGUGUAUUCAGAAGGGGAUAAAUUCCAAGUUGAAGCACGGCAGUGUUGAAGAGGGACUUGAGAAAGAGCCAUUGCGGGCACCUGUGGGCUUAUCUCCGGAACUUCAAGAGAAGGUCAGGCUUGCGCUAGAUAAAAGAAGCUCUUUUGCUCCUACGAAGUGA